AUGUCUGAAUCACGUCCAGUUCGGUACAUUGCCCAUGCUCUCGCUGAGCUGGGGUUGACCACUAUGUGGCACUCCUCUCUGGAUGUCAAGCUUCUCUGCGCCCAGCGCUUCGUGCGUCUAUUCGCCUACGGCGGCUCGACCCUGAUUCUAGCGUCUUACCUCUCUGCCAUUGGAAUUUCCGAUGAUCGCAUCGGUUUAUUUAUGACACUUACCCUGGUCGGGGAUGUGGUGAUUAGCUUCUUCCUGACCCUGUUUGCCGACCGCAUGGGUCGCAAGGCGGUGUUGUCUCUGGGAUCGAUUCUGAUGGCGGGGAGUGGAGUGGUGUUUGCGCUCUUUGGGAAUUAUUGGGCUUUGCUGGCCGCGGCGGUGUUUGGUGUUAUCAGUCCGAGUGGAAACGAGAUUGGUCCGUUCCGCGCCGUGGAAGAAUCCACUCUGGCACAUCUCACCACGCAUGAAUUGCUGAGUGAUGUAUUCGCUUGGUAUUCACUGGUUGGAACGGCGGGUUCGGCUUUGGGUUUCUUGGUUUGCGGGUGGAUUAUGAAUACCCUGGAGUCAGUGCACGGGUGGGCAUUUAUUCCUGCCUGUCGCGUCAUUUUCCUUGUCUACGCCGGGGUCGGCGUCGUAAAAUUGAUCUUCACGCUGGGUCUGAGUAGCAAGGUCGAAGUCGAGGAGCGCGAACAGAGCUCGGAGACUCGUCCUCUGUUGGCUGAGCCAACUGGUCAGGAGGCUGCGCCCGCCCCAAAGAAGAGCAUUUUCCCUUCGAUUGAGAAGGAUCUGUGGUCGCUGGUCAUUCGCCUGUUUAUCUUGUUUGGUCUGGACUCUUUUGCCUCUGGGCUGGCCUCUUUAUCGUGGAUGACCUACUUCUUCAAGGGCAAGUUCAACCUUCCGGAGGGCCACCUCGGCACCAUUUUCUUCACCACAAACCUCAUCGCGGCGGCAUCCAUGCUGGUUGCUUCCUCGCUAGCCAAACGCAUUGGAAAUGUCAAGACCAUGGUGUUCACACACCUCCCCUCUGCCAUUUGCCUUGCCAUGAUCUCCGUCCCAUCGAGUCUCCCACUGGCCCUCACAUUCUUGAUUCUGCGAGCCUGCUCUCAGAACAUGGAUGUGGCGCCUCGGUCCGCAUUCCUCGCUGCCGCUCUGCCAUCCGACAAGCGCACUGCCAUCAUGGGAGCGGUGAAUGUUGUCAAGACUACUUCGCAGAGUACGGGUCCAUUGCUGACAGGAAUUUUGUCACGCAAUGGCCACUUUGGUGUCUCCUUCAUCGUCGCUGGUUGCUUAAAGGUGGUCUACGAUUUGGGCAUGCUGUUCAGCUUUGCUGGCAAGGAAGCCGCUCGCCGAACGCAGGUUGCCCAGGAGCAGGCUGAAGAAGAAAGCCAGGGCUGA